ACCAACGUGAUCAUGCCUAGUUUGUUUGGCAUCAUUUGCUUCCUUGGCAUCGUUGGCAACCUGGUCGUGAUCUACACCAUCAUCAAGAAGAAGAAGCUGCGGUGCAAGCAGACAGUGCCCGACAUCUUCAUUUUCAACCUUUCCAUCGUGGACCUGCUGUUCCUGCUGGGAAUGCCCUUCCUCAUCCACCAGCUCCUCGGCAACGGGGCCUGGUACUUUGGAGCACCGCUCUGCACCAUCAUCACUGCUCUGGACACCAACAGCCAGAUCACCAGCACCAACAUCCUGACGGUCAUGACGCUGGACCGCUACCUGGCCACAGUCCAUCCUCUCAAGUCCACGUACGUCCGGACACCAUCUGUGGCCGCCCUGGUCAUUGGUCUGGUGUGGCUCCUUUCUUUUCUGACCAUCAUCCCUGUGUGGAUGUAUGCUGGGCUGAUGCCUCUGGAAGACGGAACAGUCCGGUGUGCUCUUCUGCUUCCCAAUCCCGAGACUGAUAUCUACUGGUUCACCAUUUACCAGUUCAUGCUGGCUUUCGCUAUUCCACUCCUGGUCAUAUGCAUGGUCUACUUUAAGAUCCUCCAGCACAUGGCUACCACUGUAGUGCCUCUGCCCCAGAGAAGCCUCCGGGCGCGCACCAAGAAGGUCACCCGAAUGGCAGUUGCCAUCUGCUCUGCCUUCUUUAUUUGCUGGGCCCCCUUCUACAUCCUUCAGCUGGUGCAUCUUGGAAUAGACACCCCCUCAGUUGCCUUCUUCUAUGCCUACAACUUUGCCAUUAGCUUGGGCUAUGCCAAUAGUUGCCUCAAUCCUUUCCUCUACGUUGUCCUGAGUGAGGCCUUCAAGCGCCAGUUCAUGGUGGCCAUCCGUCCAGCCAAGGAGCGGUUUCAGGUCAAUAGCAACACCAACAGCACAACAGAGGCCAGUGUGUGCCUGAAGCUCGCCCCAGAAUCUACCCAGCAGAUUCAGUUUUUGGAGGAAUUUUCUCCACACUCCAUGCCUUUGACAGUUGCUGCCCACUAG